UUUCAUGCAGCAUAGCACCCGUCGGAAGUUGCUGUGUGAAGUGGAGUAAAAAACGGGAUGUUGAGGUAGUUUUUAAACUCUUCGACAUUUCUUUGGACAUUUUUUAUAUUCUGUUGCAGACACAGAAGAACGAGGAAGAGCUCGCAAUGGCCCGCUUGUGCGAAACCCUGAACAAGAGUGGGAGAGAAUCCAGAAAGUAAUAAGUGACGAAAUGAGUGAGGACCUCAAACCGAAAUUCCUGAGGGCGGCAAGUAGUGCAUCUACAACACUUGCACCAAGGCAAGUUCCUGUGUAUCUGGUUGUAUCUUCCUCCGAUGACCAUAAAAGUGCCUUCAAGCCAGAAAAGGGUGCCAUACCCCUACCACCCUCGCUCAGACAAAUGUUACUUCAGACUGCCACCACUACUAUUGCAUCCAGAACAACAGCCAGACCAAAGCUGAUUGAAAUCGUGUGCCAUGUUGACAGAAUGUAUGUUAGAGUAAGGAAAGAGAUCUUUAAGUACACAGAUGCAUGGAAAUCUCUUAAACUAGGCACCUGUUCUGUUAACAAAAGUACCAAAGACCAUUACUACUUCCUCUACCUUCUGACGGAUAGCUGUGGAUUCAAGACAGAGAAUAAUGCAGAUUUCCGGGUGAUCAGCAAUGUGGCCAACUACCAGCCAAACACAGUAGUUUUAAGAGAAAUGCCAUUUACCAUUCCUGUGCAGUGUAAAUAUCCAAGAUUCUUUCACUCCUAUAAAGUUGGCUUCUACCCUGAAGUGAAGGGAGGCACUGUUUUAAAAGAACUCUCACCAAAGAGCAGCUUCACCCUUACUCCUCAAGAUGCAUCUGGCAAUGACAUCGCUGUCACCAAAUAUUUACUGCACAUUGGUCAGCAAAUGUACUUUGAGGCCAAGCAACCUGAGGAGGCUGCUGCACGCACUGGAGCGAUGAGGAUCGCUGUGCUCUCUGUCUUCAUGAAAACCUGGCGAGAGGCUCAGAGUUUCUGCAGAGAGAAUUGUCUCGACCUUGCCACCAUAGAGGACCUGGGAGAUAUAGAAACAGUGCUGAGAUCUGUUGAGGGCCAGUACGAUGAUGCCGUGUGGAUAGGACUCAUGAAAGGGGAGCGGAGGUGGCACUGGUCCAUAACUGAAAAAGAUUUCUACAAGAAGGGAGAAAGAGAGUAUUUAAUUUGGUACAUGCAAGAAGAUAAUCGUUUCAACUGUGGAGCCUUCAACAACGGGACACUGUUUGUCAGAGAGUGCACCACCACACAACGUUCAAUUUGCUUUGAUGGUGAGUGA